AUGGUUAACGUCGUAUUGGGAUCUCAAUGGGGUGACGAAGGUAAGGGUAAACUAGUUGAUUUAUUAGUCGGCAAGUACGACAUUGUUGCUCGUUGUGCAGGUGGUAACAAUGCAGGACAUACUAUCAUCGUUGAUGGAGUAAAGUAUGAUUUUCAUAUGUUACCAUCUGGGUUAGUUAAUCCAAAUUGUCAGAAUUUAUUGGGUAAUGGUGUGGUCAUUCAUGUCCCAUCAUUUUUCAAAGAACUAGAAACGUUGGAAGCAAAAGGGUUGAAUAACUGUAGAGAAAGGUUGUUUGUGUCAUCUAGAGCUCAUUUGGUUUUCGAUUUCCAUCAAGUUACUGAUAAAUUGAGAGAAAAUGAACUGUCUGGUCGUUCCAAAGAUGGUAAGAAUAUCGGUACCACUGGUAAGGGUAUUGGACCAACUUAUUCCACAAAGGCUUCUAGAUCAGGUUUGAGAGUUCAUCAUUUAGUUAACGAUAAUCCCGGUGCUUGGGAUGAAUUUGUCGUCAAAUAUAAGAGAUUAGUGGAAACUAGAAAACAAAGGUAUGGUGGGUUUGAAUAUGAUGUUGAAGCUAAAUUGGCUGAAUAUAAAAAAUAUAGAGAUGCUUUGAAACCAUUCGUUGUUGAUUCCGUUGUUUUCAUGCAUAAGGCUAUCCAAGAAAAUAAAAAAAUCUUAGUUGAAGGUGCCAAUGCGUUGAUGCUUGAUAUCGAUUUCGGUACUUAUCCAUAUGUUACCUCCUCUAACACCGGUAUUGGUGGUGUAGUUACUGGGUUAGGUAUCCCACCACGUACUAUUGACAAAGUUUAUGGUGUUGUUAAAGCUUAUACCACUCGUGUUGGUGAAGGUCCAUUCCCAACUGAACAAUUAAAUGAAGAAGGUGAAAAAUUACAAACUAUUGGUGCUGAAUUCGGUGUCACUACUGGUCGUAAACGUCGUUGUGGUUGGUUAGAUCUAGUCGUCUUGAAAUAUUCAAGUUUAAUUAAUGGUUAUACGAGUUUAAAUAUCACCAAAUUGGACGUUCUUGAUACAUUCAAAGAAAUUCCAGUCGGUAUUUCAUAUUCCAUUAAGGGUAAGGCAUUAGAUUUAUUCCCAGAAGAUUUGAUGACAUUAGGUGAAGUUGACGUAGAAUACGUUACUUUACCAGGUUGGGAACAAGAUAUCACUAAGAUCACUGAGUAUGAACAAUUACCAGAAAAUGCUAAGAAAUAUUUGAAAUACAUUGAAGAUUUCGUCGGUAUUCCAGUUGAAUGGGUUGGUACCGGUCCAGCCAGAGAAAGCAUGCUACAUAAAGACAUCUAA